AACCCCAAAACCCAAAUCCCUCACCGUUCUCCUUUCCGACGAGGAGCCUCUUGCGAGAUGCGUCGAUCCAGUGCACAAUUGAAGUAGUUUGAAUACCUAAUUGAGAGAGAACCAGAAGAUUAUGAUAUCAGCAGGAUGAAGCUAAAGAUCGUUUGUCGCAAAAUAUAUGAUUAUAUUCGCUACGAUCUGAAAGAAAUUGCUUUUCCGUCAUCCUUGCCCGACCCCCCGCAUAUCAAAAAACGAAGGAAACUCACCUGGAAAGAGCGCUGGUACGUUUUGAAGGAAGCAUCUCGGCUUUAUGCAGCUAGCUGGGUUAGAGAUAUCGGCCCCGACCUUAGACCGAACGACUAUAAAAAAGAUGUGGAAGAUGACGAAGAUCCAAUUCGGAAAGAAAAUAGAAAAUCAGCAGACCGAAAUGAACCGUCGGCUUUGGAGGAUCUUGCGGUGGCAGCGAGAGGUGGGAUGGAGACACUCAGACCCGCAUUGCAGCGAAUUUACAUGACGCGCGCUUCUGCUUAUAGAGAUGCGCUGAAAAGCUUCAUAGAAGGGUAUCAGGAAGGGGUAAAGCAAGUCAUGGAAGAUAAGGGAGAUGCGAAAUCUCAACAUCAAGGCGAAGAACCGAAGAAACCAAUAUGACCUCUAACUGUAUGAGUUUUUUGUUUGUUGUUGUGAAUGAUGAAGCUACAUGCUGGUACUUUUCACAAAUUUAGCUUCUGAUGGUUCUUCAGUGGGCAGAAUUUUCCUUCUUUUGCUCUUUCCAUUUUGGUUUUUUAAUUUUGCAGUUCAUUUGUUUGGCCAAUUAAGAUCCUUGUUUUCCAGGA